GGGUGUUGGAGGCUGGAGGCGGUGUUUUAUUGUAUGAAUUCAGUUCGGGAUCAGUUCAGUCAUGGCGUCCGGGAAGACGGUGGAUUGCAGCGCUUCCCGCGAAUAACCGCCGAUAAACUGAUUCAUCGCGACUUCAGCCGCUGCUCUGCGUGAUAUUUUCGCGGAAUAUCAUUUGACAACAUAGUUACGCGUAUAUCCAGUCACAAGGAGUAUUAAUUCAGCGGUAAAGGUGGGUUUGCAGCAGUAUGGUGGAGCCAGAGGAGCGGCCCUCGGUGGCGGGUCAGAGGCUCGGGGCCCCUGAGAGCAUGGGCAUCAGCACACUGGAGCCCGGCCAGCGGCCCCCCACCAUGCCACCCGGCAGACAGAUCUCUAUCCGGGUCCAGAUGCUGGACGACACUCAGGAAGUCUUUGAGGUCUCGCAACGUGCUCCAGGGAAGGUGCUGUUUGACCUGGUUUGUGCUCACAUGAACCUCAUCGAAGGCGAUUACUUUGGUUUGGAGUUCCAGGACCAGCGUAAAAUGACUGUGUGGUUGGAUCUGCUGAAGCCGAUUCUAAAGCAAAUCAGACGACCCAAGAACACCAUCCUGCGAUUCGUGGUGAAGUUCUUCCCUCCUGACCACACACAGCUAUUAGAAGAGCUGACCAGGUAUCUUUUCGCCUUGCAGAUCAAGCAUGACCUCGCUUGUGGACGUUUGACCUGUAACGAAAGCAGCGCCGCCCUGCUGGUGGCUCAUAUAGUGCAGUCUGAGAUUGGAGACUUUGAUGAGGUUCAAUGUAAACAACAUCUACUCAACAACAAGUACAUUCCAGAGCAGGACACAUUGAUGGACAAGAUCAUUGAAUACCAUCGGAAACACGUCGGCCAAACUCCAGCUGAAUCGGACUACCAGCUUUUGGAGAUCGCACGAAGACUCGAGAUGUACGGAGUGCGUCUUCAUCCAGCAAAAGAUCGAGAGGGUACAAAGCUCAGCCUCGCCGUGGCUCAUUCUGGUGUGCUGGUUUUUCAAGGACACACCAAAAUAAAUGCUUUCAACUGGUCUAAAGUCCGCAAGCUGAGUUUUAAGAGGAAGCGUUUUCUCAUAAAACUACGACCUGAUUUAAAUCAGAGUAACUGUCAGGAUACUCUGGAGUUCAUGAUGGGAAGCAGAGACUGCUGCAAGGUGUUUUGGAAGAUUUGUGUGGAGUACCAUGCCUUUUUCCGCCUGUUCGAAGAACCCAAACCCAAGCCCAAACCGGUUUUGUUCACCAGGGGUUCCUCCUUCAGAUUUAGUGGCCGCACACAAAGGCAGGUGAUUGAUUAUGUAAAGGACUCAGAAUUCAAAAAGGUUCCAUUUGAAAGAAAACACAGUAAAAUUCAGUCCAACAGUGGUCUUUCUCCAUUUCCACCCAGGCUGUGUGCUGAGGGUCAAGGAGAGAGGAAUGCCAGUGCUUCCGGACAACAAGCGGAUUCACCUAUCGGGCGCACCCAAGUGACUGUUGAAAACCCGGCUCUCCAGCGUUACACUGGAAGCCUAACCUCACAGACCAACGGAUGCCGAAACGGGACCCACGAUGAGGCAGAUGCUCGAUUAAAGCCGUCCCCAUCCAAGCCGCAGGCCGAGCAUCUGAGCACAGGUCUAGCAUCGCAUGCUGCCAAGGGUCCAGUUUCCAAGAGCCCUCAGCACAACGAGUCUCCGUCUGCAGGCAGGGUGAUGGUAAACGGCCAGAAACAGAGUCUCAGCAUUGGCCAAAGUCCAGAUGGACGGCAGCCUUCUCCUCUCACCAGCCCCUUGCUGACUGAUGCCGGCUUCAUACGCACAGACGACGAGGACGAGGUUCGGAGGAAGAGGUUCCCGACUGAUAAAGCAUACUUUAUCGCCAAAGAGCUCCUGACUACAGAGAGAACGUAUCUGAAGGAUCUGGAGGUCAUCACUGUGUCCUUUCAGAAGUCCAUUGGGAAGGAUGAGGCUAUGCCGGAUUCCUUGAGAAAUCUCAUUUUUGCCAAUUUUGAACCGGUGUACAAAUUCCAUGAGACCUUCCUGAAAGAAGUGGAGCAGCGACUGGCUCAGUGGGAAGGCAGAUCGAACGCACACAUCAAAGGAGACUAUCAGCGCGUUGGAGACGUCAUGCUGAAGAAUAUCCAGGGUUUGAAGUUGCUGACGGCUCAUCUUCAGAAGCAUUCGGAGGCGUUGCUGGAGCUGGAGAGGACGUGUCGCUCUUCCCGAAAGCUGGAGGGUUUGUGCCGAGACUUUGAGCUUCAGAAGGUCUGUUACCUGCCGCUCAACAUCUUCUUCCUGCGGCCGCUGCACCGCCUCAUGCACUAUAAACAGAUCCUGGAGCGCCUCUGCAAACACUAUCCACCGACACACGACGACUUCAGAGACUCGCGAGCUGCGCUUGCUGAUAUUUCUGAGAUGGUUGUGCAGCUUCACGGCACUCUCAUUAAGAUGGAGAACUUCCAGAAACUUCUGGAGCUCAAGAAAGACCUCAUUGGCAUCGACAAUCUCGCCAUACCUGGACGGGAGUUUAUCAGGCUUGGUUGUCUCAGCAAACUCUCUGGAAAAGGUCUACAGCAGAGAAUGUUCUUCCUGUUCAAUGAUGUUCUGAUGUACUCGAGUCGAGGGAUGACGGCCUCUAAUCAGUUCAAAGUGCACGGACAACUUCCUCUUUAUGGCAUGACGAUCCGUGAGAGUGAGGACGAGUGGGGCGUCCCGCAUUCAUUCACUCUGUUUGGACAGCGGCAGUCUGUCGUCGUGGCCGCCAGUUCAGCGUCUGAGAUGGAGAAGUGGGUGGAGGACAUCAAGAUGGCCAUUGAACUGGCGGACAAAUGCAACGGACCCUCAGCUGAGAUCCUGUCCAGUAGUUUCACUGACAACAAAUCUCCUGAGGAAUCUAGCGCCGACCAGGAAUCAGAAGAUGACCUGAGCGCCUCUCGGACGUCUCUCGAGCGGCAGACGCCUCACCGUGGUAAUACCACGGUUCACGUGUGCUGGCAUCGCAGCACCAGCGUGUCCAUGGUGGAUUUUAGCGUAGCGUUAGAGAAUCAGCUGUCUGGGAAUCUGCUGAGAAAGUUCAAGAACAGCAACGGUUGGCAGAAGUUAUGGGUGGUCUUCACCAACUUCAGUCUGUUCUUCUACAAAACACACCAGGAUGAAUAUCCUCUGGCCAGCCUUCCUCUGCUGGGAUACUCCAUCACCAUUCCCUCAGAGUCCGAGAACAUCCAUAAAGACUACGUCUUCAAACUCCAUUUCAAAUCACACGUCUACUAUUUCAGAUCCGAGAGCGAGUACGCGUUUGAGAGGUGGAUGGAGGUGAUCCGCAGUGCCACAUGCUCUUCCAGUCACAUCCGCUCCUUGAGCCGCAAAGAGCCGCACGCCUACUGACCAAAGAGACCCUCGGACCGCCUGCCGAAACACCAACGCACGCACACACACACACACACUGGCCGUUUAUGUCAGGUUCUCAAUCAGGUUCUCCUAACACACUUUAACACAUUUCUUACGGCAGCGGGUUUGAGCAGGAAUUGUUUCAUGUGCUAUAUCGUCAUUUCACUUUAUAGAAAAAAAUUCAGAUUUUGAAUGGGUUCAGAUGUGAAGUUUUUUUGAGAAUAUCAAGGUCAGAGUCCAGAGAACUACUACAGUAUCAUCACGACAUCGCACGAUGGAUAGAUCAGCAGGUAAAAGUCAAACACUUCCAGUUUUGCCAUUUGUUUUAAAUGUGCAGAAAGACACGAUAUCAUAGUAAGUAAACAUGUUCAUGCAAUGCAACUCAUUUGUGUAAAUUGUUCGUAAAAUUGGCAAGAAUGCUUUCAGGAAUGGUUUUAUUGAAUGGUUAUAUGCGAUGAUUUAUUCUUAAGAAUGUUUUUGCGAAUGUUUUAUUGAUUUGUACGUGACUGUUUAUGUGUGAGAGCUUUAAUAAAUGGGUUAUCGGGUGCUAUUGUGUACGUGAAGCGGGUGUCAUUGAGUUGAAUGCAAACUAUUUACGAACAAUUUACACAUGAAAUUGCUCUGCUUGUGUUUCAUGAACUAAUGCCUGUAAAAUUAAGUUGAGAAAUUGUGAAUUAAAUUUUCAAUCUCGGGAUUUAACUGUAGUAACACACAGCUUUUAUUACUGAUGUUUAUGAAGAUUUGUCACCUUCUAUCUACAUUUUGGUGAAAAAGAAAAAGACUGGUGAAAGAUGUUCGGGUCAUAUUUCACCCCAAAAUCGAAAGGGAAAAAAAGUUUUUUGUUUGCAUGAAGAAAAUAAAGCCUAUUUUUAGGACCAUUUUAUGUUUUAUUAAAAUAUUAGAUUACAUAAUGGUUAAUGGUCAAUUUAUACUGAUUUUAAUUCAAAUAAAACUUUUUCAUUACUGUAUUACAGUAGAUAUUUAGGAAAAACGUGUUAUGAAAAAUCUUAUUGCUUCUAAAAAUACGCUUGUUUUGAUGCAAAAUAAAAUGGCACUUUUUAAUUUUUGGGUGAAGUGACCCGGGCGUCCCGGCUCACACCUGUAGACCGCCGUCGAUGCACAAGCUGGAUUUGUAAUGUUUAAAUGCAUCAUCUCUGCUGGCCUGAGACUCUACGGCACAUGCUGCCUUCCAAGCGUUUGUACCACACUUCAACCUUUCUUUUGUAGAUGUUUUUAUACAAGUUUUGAUACUAACUGUGAACCACUCCACACUAGUUUUGUGUUCGGUGAGGGAACGCCACACAAUCCCUCAUAGUUGGUGAUUAUUCUGUCAUGGUGCAAGAAAAAAAGUCUUUCUCUGAAGGAAGCAGCUGCCUUUUGUCUAAAUGCUUGAGUGCCAAAAUUCUUUUAAUCUUUUUUUAAACAUUUUAAUUCUUUCUUAAUGCAUAUUAUAUAUAUAUAUUAAAAAAAAACAAUAUGGAUUAUAUGUUGGCAGAAAUGUAUGUUUGACAGUGCGUGAAUAUGUUCAGAAUAAACAAAUCCAUAUAUAUAUA